AUGAUUUCAUUUGCCUUCAUUGGAAACGACAGGCUUAGAUCUAUCUUGGUUAAUAACAAUCUUUGAUCUUAGCUUUACAGAUCGCCAUUAUUGGGUUUAGCAGUGCACAGUGAUUAAGAGUGGAGACUGGGGCUUUAGGAGUAAAAGUGGAACAGGCUAUUUUAAUGAAAUCCAUCGAAGAGCGGAACUACUACUACUGCCGACUUCUGCUGUAUAAUAGUAUCACCGUCGGUUGUUAUUCGAGAUGAUAUCCGUUACGACCUGAAACGAAACAGUACGACGAUCGGACACACCUGGAAUAUAACCAAAGCAGUCUCAUCCAACCAGGCAGCCCAGCUCCAUCGGAAAUUCAGUUUACUGGAAAUACAUCAGUCCUUUGGAUGGGAUCUUAGUUUGCUUUUUUAUUAGAGAAGAGAAGCCAUUAUUCCUGUGGGGUUUUAUUUCAUGGGGAUGUGUUCAAGACAAGAGAGAAUACAAAAAGACGUCGACAUUGUAAUUCAAAGGUGCAAGGCAGAGAAAGACUGCCUUUUCUCUGAUUUCAGAUACACUGACGCCACCUUCACCUUCACCUAUUCCAAAGGCUCCAGAAGGGUGUCCUACUCUGUGCACGUCUCUGAUGACUACCCAGACAACACAUACGUGUCAAACUCUGAGAAGGAGGAUGAAGUUCUAGUCACCAGAGACCAGAUCCCCGUCAUCUUCCACAGAAUAGCAACAGAGAUUAGGGUCAAUAAUGACGCCAACUGCUGCCUGUCCAUCAAGUCAAAACUUCAGCUAGACAAGAACCAGUGCCACUAUGCCAUAGAGGAGGACUCUGAGGGGGAUGCUGACUCUGAGGAGUUUUACUAUGGAGGUCAGGUGAACUCUGAUGGCGAGCUCCACAAGCACCCCCAGUUGGAGGCGGAUCUGGCGGCAGUCCGGGAGUUGUACGGACAACACGCAGUAUCUCUCAGGGAAUACGGUGCCAUCGACGACGUGGACAUUGAUCUCCACAUCGACGUCAGUUUCCUAGAUGAGGAAAUAGCCCUGGCGUGGGACGUGAUACGGAGGGAGCCGGUGACCGUGCGUCUCCACUGCUCUCUGACACAGUACCUGAAUGGACCAGUCCCCACGGUGGACGUGUUCCAGGUGUCGACUAAAGACCGGUUUGGACUGGGACAUCAGAUGAAGAAGAUAAUGCAGACGUUUGUCACCCAGCAGUGGAAACACCAAUGUAAAGAGAAACUCAACUGCUCUCACAACAAAAACAAGGGUGACAAGAAGGUCAAAUCUCCCCUCCACAUCUUCUCGACCCUCCGCAGGCACUUACUGUAUCUGAAAGGAUCAGAUAGAUCUCCCAGCUACCCGCCUCCCGGCUGUGUCAAGAGCAAAAAGAAGCUGAAGCCAGAACAAGAUGGCGUCUCUAAAUCCCACCGCCUUCUCCGCCGGACUUGCACCAGCACCGCCAAACAGCAGGUUGAGGUGGACGGCUGCGGCCCCGGGACCAAGACUAACCACCGUCUCCUGGGCCUUUCCCUGUCCAGCGGAGACCCCCGUAUGGACCAAGGAGGAGGGCUUGGCUCACUGCCCUUCAAACCCCACCGCCUGGGCAGGCCCUGCAUGGCUGUGGUCAAACCAGAGGACCUCCGACCCGCUCCCCAUAAGCUCCUGCCUCGCUCGUGCUCCGUCGACCCCCGCUGUGAGCACGCGGGAGUGGGAGGUGUUGGUGGUGGAGGAGGUAGUCUUGGGGGAGGUAGUCUUGGGGGAGGUAGUCUUGGGGGAGGUGUUGGUGGGCUGGGCCAGAGUGGUUGUGGAGGGGGUAGUCUUGGUGGAUGUAGUCUUGGGGGAGGUAGUCUUGGGGGAGGUACUCUUGGGGGAGGUGUUGGUGGGCUGGGCCAGAGUGGUGGUGGAGGGGGUAGUCUUGGGGGAGGUUUGAAGCCCCACAGGCUGCUCAGUAGGUCGUGCUCUGGUUCUAUCAGGACGGAGGAGCUGGAUGGACUGAAACACCACCACCUCCUCAGCAGGUCCUACUCCAGCAGUACCAAGAUGGGCAAGGCAGCGGACAUCUUCAAGGACUCUGUGGCUCCGUCCGAGGGGAGGCGGCUCUCUCUUACCUCAGGGCUCAUCGGGAUCCUCGCCCCCUCGCUCGCCACCCCACCGCCGCCAAACAAUGGAGCCAAGUCCGUACCAAUAAAAGACAGGGGUUUCCUUGUCCAGACCGUGGAAUAUGCUGAGCAGAGGAUUCCGGUCCUCAACGAGUUCUGUGUAGUGUGUGAUGAAGCUCACGUAUUCCAGAACGGACCGAUGCUCAGACCCACAGUGUGUGAGCGGGAACUGUGUGUGUUUGCCUUUCAAACACUGGGGGUGAUGAACGAGGCAGCCGACGAGAUCGCCACAGGGGCUCAGGUGGUGGAUCUGUUGGUGUCCAUGUGUAGGUCUGCUCUAGAGUCUCCCAGGAAAGUGGUCAUCUUUGAGCCAUAUCCCUCCGUGGUGGAUCCGUGUGACUCCCAGGCACUGGCCUUCAACCCCAGGAAAAAGGACUAUGAGCGAGUGAUGAGAGCCCUUGACAGUCUCACCUCUAUCAGAGAAAUGUCCCAGGCACCUUACCUGGAGAUUAAGAGGCAGAUGGACAAGCAUGAUCCUUUAGCUCACCCCUUACUGACAUGGGUGAUAUCCAGUAACAGAUCACACAUCGUCAAACUACCAGUUACCAGACAGCUGAAGUUCAUGCUCACCCUGCAUCAGUUCCUUCUACUCAGCAGUCCUCCUGCCAAAGAGUCCAACUUCAGAGCUGCCAAAAACCUCUUUGGGAGCACCUUCGCUUUCCAUGGUUCUCACAUAGAGAAUUGGCACUCCAUUUUGAGGAAUGGUUUGGUGGUUGCAUCCAACACAAGACUUCAGCUCCAUGGCGCCAUCUACGGGAGUGGAAUCUAUAUCAGCCCAAUGUCAAGCAUAUCAUUUGGUUACUCAGGGAUGAACAAAAAACAGCAGAAAGUUACUUCGAAAGACGAAACUGCUACAAACAAGACCAACGUACAGUCAACAAAGAAAGGACAGCAGCCCCAGUUUUUGCAAAGUCGGAACCUGAAGUGCAUAGCCUUAUGUGAAGUAAUCACAUCCCCUGACCUGCACAAACACGGAGACAUCUGGGUCGUUCCCAACACUGAUCAUGUCUGUACACGCUUCUUCUUUGUUUAUGAAGAUGGCCAGGUGGGAGAUACGAGCAUCAACACACAAGACGCUGGCAUUCAUCGAGAGAUCCUACGAGUCAUCGGCAACCAGACCGCCACAGGAUGAACAACACAGAAACACUGCUGCCUCUCCUCCACCUCUCAGCUCAAAGCUGGAUUUUUGAGCUGCGGAGGCCCGUCGUACAAAGGGGUUUCCUUCCGAUCAACGCAGAGAACACACAAACAACUUCAAAGUUUGAAAUCCUCAAAGAAAUAGCUACAGUGAAACCCACCACACAUAUUUACAACUGAAACACAAUAAAACUCGAGGGAAGAACACAUUUUGCUAAGUUUCUAAAUACUAUGAAGAAUCCUGUUUUUUCUGAAGACACAGUUACGUCUCUAUUUGAUUCAUUGGGACGAUUUCAUUCUUGCAGAGAACAUUUAAAACGGUAAAACUCUUUGGUGAAUAUUUUGAGACUUUUUGCUAGUAGAUGUGGGCCUUUUCGGGGAAAAAUAACUAGGAAAAAGUUCCUUCCUUUCUAGGAAAAAGGUCCCAUCCAUCUGACCUGGUUUACUAUAGAGUUGUACCUUUUUAAAGUACAAUGUAUACUGAAGGUGUUGAUAUGCACUGUUUCUUAAUGCUAUAUUCUUGUUCCAACAACUGGUUCAUAACCUGAAAAACUACAACUUAUUUUACACUUGAUUAUUUUUGGUGUGGGUGUGUAUGUAUGUAUGCACAUAUACAUACAUACACACACACACACACACACACACACACACACACACAGUACCAGUCAAAAGUUUGGACACACCAACUCAUUCCAGGGUUUUUCUUUAUUUUGACUAUUUUCUACUCUGUAGAAUAAUAGUGAAGACAUCAAAACUAUGAAAUAACACAUAUGGAAUCAUGUAGUAACCAAAAAAAGUGUUCAACAAAUAAAAAUGUAUUUUAAUAUUUCAGAUUCUUCAAAGUAGCCACCCUUUGCCUUCAUGACAUCUUUGCACACUCUUGGCAUUCUCUCAACCAUCUUCACCUGGAAUGCUUUUCCAACAGUCUUGAAGGAGUUCCCACAUAUGCUGAACACUUGGCUGCUUUUCCUUCACUCUGCUGUCCAACACAUCCCAAACCAUCUCAAUUGGGUUUAGGUCGGGUGAUUGUGGAGGCCAGGUCAUCUGAUGCAGCACUCCAUCACUCUCCUUCUUGGUCAAAUAGCCCUUACACAGUCUGGAGGUGUGUUGGGUCAUUGUCCUCUUAAAAAACAAGUAAUAGUGCCACUAAGCCCAAACCAGAUGGGAUGGCGUAUCACUGCAGAAUGCUGUGGUAACCAUGCGGGUUAAGUGUGCCUUGAAUUUUAAAUAAAUCACAGACAGUGUCAUCAGCAAAGCACCAUCACACCUCCUCCUCCAUGCAUCACGGUGGGAACCACACAUGCAGAGAUCAACCGUUCAUCUACUCUGCGUCUCACAAAGACACGGCGGUUGGAACCAAAAAUAUCAAAUUUGGACUCAUCAGACCAAAGGACAGAUUUCCACCAGUCUAAUGUCCAUUGCUCGGGUUUCUUGGCCCAAGCAAGUCUCUUCUUAUUAUUGGUGUCCUUUAGUAGUGGUUUCUUUGCAGCAAUUAGACCAUGAAGGUCUGAUUCACAGUCUCCUCUGAACAGUUGAUGUUGAGAUGUCUGUUACUUGAACUCUGUGAAGCAUUUAUUUGGCCUACAAUUUGUGAGGCUGGUAACUCUAAUGAACUUAUCCUCUACAACGGAGGUAACUCUGGGUCUUCCUUUCCUGUGGUGGUCCUCAUGAGAGCCAGUUUUGUCAUAGCGCUUGAUGGUUUUUGCGAAUGCGCUUGAAGAAACUUUCAAAGUUCUUGACAUUUUCCGUAUUCACUGACCUUCAUGUCUUAAAGUAAUGAUGGACUGCCGUUUCUCUUUGCCUUUUUGAGCUGUUCUUGCCAAAUAGGUAUUUUACCAAAUAGGGCUAUCUUCUGUUUACCACCCCUACCUUGUCACAACAGAAAUGAUUGGUUCAAACGCAUUAAGGAAAGAAAUUCCACAUUCACUUUUAACAAGGCAUACCUAUUAAUUGAAAUUCAUUCCAGGUGACAACCUCAUGAAGCUGGUUGAGAGAAUGCCAAGAGUGUGCAAAGCUGUCAUGGCAAAGGAUUUAUUUAACACUUUUUUGGCUACUACAUGAUUCCAUAGUUUUGAUGUCUUCACUAUUAUUCUACAAUGUAGAAUAAAGAAAAACCCUUGAAUGAGUAGACGUGUCCAAACUUUUGACUGGUACUGUGUGUGUGUGUGCGUGUGUAUGUAUACACACACACACACGUUAUAUUGGUAACCAUUCCAUGUAGACUGAGGCACACAGCGAAAUAAUGAGUAGAAUCGACAUUAAGGUCAGGAUUCAAUCACGACUGCGGAUGAUCUGCAUUUUAGCUCAGUUGACAUUUUAAAGGUAAUUUCCCAUUCGAGCCGACAUCUGCAGCGUUUACUUAGACCAUCUCCUCGAUCGCGGUAACAUUGCCUUUAACUGGUGCAUAGCCCAAAAUGGCCGAUCGGAUUGAAUCCGACCCUGGUGUAAGAGCUUUGACCGAUACGUCGUCAAAAAAAUGAGCGAAAAUGUAUGCUGUGUUAAUUUAGGAAGUAGAUCCAUUUCCUUCACAUAUCAUACCGAGAAAUGUAUAUAUUGGUUUAUUCUCCUUUUUAUAGGGGGUCUACUGGUUUACAAUGGCAAAGACUUUGAUUCCAGUCAAGAAUUUAUACCUAUUACUGUAUGGAUGUGAUCCAUCUGCCAAUUCAAAAGUUCCACACACUUACCACUCACAACCAGUUACACACCUAUUUUCAAAAAUAAAACAUUUCAAAUUGAUUAUUUGUACUUUUGAUUUAAAACUAUGGGUGGAUGUAUAAUCGACACACCAAUCUAAAAUAACAUUUUAAAUAGGUUUUAUUUUGUUAUGGGGCUUCUAUACAUAUUAAGCAUUGGUGUUUACGGCUUGUUGUUUAUAUAUAUUGCUGUGAUUUUAAUGACCAAUCAGAGCUCAGAUUGAUGUAUACUAACCCUUGUCUUCACUGUAAGUGAUAUAUUUCUAAGAAUGGAUGUUAGUUUAAAGUAGACAUUGGUCAUAGAGGACACCAACCACUCUGUACAUGAUACAAGUCUUAAGUUUCCUAAGAAAACACUACUGUAAACAGGUCAUGUUUUUUUUUUUUUUUUAAUAAAACAAAAAUGAAUGACUAAUAAUUUUACCAUUUUAAAUAUAUGUCAGGUUUAUAAAACACAGACGGGGAGUUAAUUAGCAACACAAUGUUCAUUUGUAUUCCAUAAUUCCGUGGCCAAAUCACAUGAAUAUGAUUUAAUAGUAAUAUUGUUUUAAUAUCGGUCGUGGUAAUACCAACCUGACCAAUACAUACAGUGAAGCACAGCUGAACGUGGGUUUCGUGACUUGGUUUAAGAUUUCAAAGACUAAUAUUUUUUUCAUAAUCUGUAUUACUGACAUUAUAGGAUAUCUUGACAUUUUUAGCAGUACCACACAGUAUCAUGUAUCUAAUGAAAGGGUAUAUUGUUGCACCUGGAAGCACAUAAUCAAGGGUACCAAGGGAUGACAUCAUGAAUAUCAAUUAAAAAUAAAAUAAAAAGGAACUCAAAAGUACAAAUUUAAGUCAAAUAUUUCACAGGAAAUGUUUAUCAGUUGGAGAUGAGCAAUAUGAUGGUCAGCGGUAUAUUUAGAUUUUGAUUUCAUCUGUUUUAUGAGUUUCUUUUAUCUGGAAGUAUUAUGUUAUUAUGCUACUUAGCAUUUGGUGCCUUAUAGACAUGAAUUAAUGGUAAUAUAACAAUACAUACUGAAUAUCACAACAAGAAGGCCAAAUAUUUUCUGUAUUGAGUUUUUAUGGCUUUUUCUUUAUUCUGCAAAUGAAUUCAGCUUUUUGGGGCUUUUUUACAAGUUAUGAAAAUAGUAGCUUAUGUACUUGUUUAUGUUCAAUAAAUUAAAACUUGCUGAGAAACCACAA